AUGCUCGGCCACCAGCAGCUGCUUCAACAGCAGCAUCAACAUCUGCACGCACGUCAGCAACAGCAGCAGCAACAGCAGCAAUCUAACCGCCAGGAUCUCAAUACGAAUGGCGGUCAUGUUAGGCAACCAAGUCCCCUUGCGUCCCUUUCAACAUCCUCUACAACCUCGAUAGCCUCUGCCUCGGCCAUUAAUACCAAAGCAACCUCGGCAGGUGCAUCAUUACCGCCUGCUUAUCCUUACCCCAGACGUUCUUCCACUUCAUUCUCUGCCCCAUCCAUACCUUCGGUCCCAUCCUCCUCAACCACACCUGCAUCUAUCUCUGGAGAUACAUCAACAGGUACCGGUGAGGAAUUUGUGCCCAGUAUCAAGAAGGCGAAGUAUUCAACCUCGCUUGACCCAAGAGGGUUUAUCCCUGUAUACGAAUAUGAGCUGUACGGGCAUCCCAUUAUGUGGGAUCAAGAGAACCUGUACGUUCACUUCACAGGUAUCUGGAAGGCACUAGGAAAGACAAAGGCUGAUAUUGUCAAGGUCAUCGACGCAAACCCUAUCCUCGAGUCGAUUAUCCGGAAGGUGCGCGGAGGGUUUUUAAAGAUUCAGGGGACUUGGAUGCCACAUCAAGAAGCCUACGAUCUCGCAAAGAAGACAUGCUACAGGCUGCGCUACGAACUCGUUCCUGUUUUUGGUCCUGGAUUCGUAAACGACUGCAUUCCGCCAGAUACACCGGGGUUCGGCUCCAUCCAUCUAACAGUGAUUCGCCGACGCGCUUCUGAAUGUGUUAUGGGCCAAAGUCAGGCCCUUAUGGGUCCACAGCAGCUCCGGCUCCAUCAAGCUCAUAUUCAUCCUGGUUUGAAGAGACGAUACUCUAGUAACGACGUGGGUCGCCUUAGUCGUGUUAGCCAGACCAAUGGCUCUACUGCCAGCCAACUUUCCUCGUCCUUCUUAUUGAAUCGUGGCGAGGAAUACCACCAAGGGGCCGGCAUGGAAGGUAGUCAAGGCGAUGACCUGGACCUGGCCAUAGAUGAUGAGGAUACCAGCAACAAUCAUGUCAGAAAUGCCAGUGAUAAACCACGCCAACAUCGAUUUCAUCGACCUGGUCGCUUCAACACGAAUGACGAUGACGAAGAUGACGAAGAAGAAGACCGGCGCCCGGGCGGCUCCACUGAGGAAGAAGAGGAGCACCAGUCGCUUUCAGGAUCGUACGAUGAUGACGACAUUGACAUUGACAUUGACAUUGACGGAGGAUCGUGUACGAGCGAACAAGAGGAUCCCAUGUUUGGGCUUGCACGCCUAGAUCUUUCUCGCCGAAACUCUUCUCCAAUGCCGCUGAGCACGACCUAUGCGCUCUCGGACAGUGGUUCCGGUAUAAAGUCCAUGCGCGCAAGAAGAGGACGGCCACCAGCCCGUAGUCCUAUGCCAAUGGCAAGCCGAAUCGCUGCUAACUAUGUCGCGUACAAUAAUUAUGUUUCGAGCAACACCCAGGCAGCACAAGGGCUGGGCCGCAGCAGUGGACAAUCCACUCGCACGCAGAAGCAGCAGCUUCGACAGCAACAAAAGCUGCUUCAGCAGCAAGAACAACAACAACAACAACAACAACAGCAGCAGCAGCAGCAACACCAGAUUCACCCCUUCCAGAUGCCUCCUUCCCAACAGUCAUUAGAUCAGAACUUUCUUUCGUAUCAAGAUCCAAGUUCUGCUUCUGCUUUAACGGGUUUGACCCAUAGCGAACUCGUCGAGUUUUUCAAGGCUGGCCAAGCCCUUCAACGGAUGUCUCAAGAUGAUGGCGUUCGUCCCUGGAAACAGGAUGCUGGAAGGAUGAUCCUUCCAAAGAAGAUUGUCCUCGGAGAACAAGUGUUCCAGUGCGUCGGAGGAGAGUACAAGUGUGUUCCUGAACCUAAUACUUCAUCCUCAACAAAGCCGCCAGGAGAGGACGAUGCAUGGUCUCGUUGA